UUAAACUUUGGACCCAAGAGGAAGAGCUGUGAGAUACAGUGGAGUCUCUUUAGGAACAGAGACAAAGCUACUGCACAACAAAGUAAAUCGGAUAAUUUUGCUGGAUCUUUAGUGUCUCGUGGGCUUCUCUGGCGUGCCACACAAACAGGAGGAAUUAUGGAACUCUACCCAGAUCAGGGAUGUGAUGGCAUUGAGCUGCUUGACUGGCUGUUUGAUCAAAACGAUGGAAUUCUCCGUCAUGAAGAAACAGAACACCAUGGCAACCAUCACACCUGGCCAGUCCAGGACCCAAAUAUGCUGCAGCCACCUGGACAGGCAGACGAUGACUUCCUCAAUGCCUUGCUAAGUGGGAGUGAUUCUGUGUCAGGCUCUCCUCUCUGGUCCCCAUCUCCCAGCGACAGCGGGAUCAGUGAGGACCCUCCCUCAGACCAGAUGGACAGUCCACAACGCCCUGAGAGCCCUCCCGGGGAUGCUCAGUACUUCAGUAAGAGGCCACAGACAAAGGCAGCCCUGGAGGCCAACAUCUCCAUUGACCUCAAUGGCUGGGAACCCGGCUUCCCAGAGGGCAGGACGAGGAUUACGCAAUAUCCUUCAGAUUUACAUAGACCACAGCUGUCCUCUGGCUUCCCACUAACUGUCAAAGAUCUGCUGCUGUCUGGCACGGCAGAGCCGCUCCCACAGCCAUCCCAACAGACUAUUCAAGAGCUGAUUCUCAAUGAAGAUGAGAAGAAGCUCUUAGCAAAGGAGGGGGUGACUCUACCCAGCCAGCUACCUCUCACAAAGUAUGAAGAAAGGAUUCUGAAGAAAAUUCGCAGAAAGAUUCGCAAUAAGCAGUCCGCCCAGGAGAGCAGGAAGAAGAAGAAGGAGUAUAUUGAUGGACUGGAGAGCAGGAUGGCUGCCUGCAACGCACACAACCAGGAGCUGCAGAGGAAAGUGUCACAGCUGGAGAAAUGCAACAUGUCACUAAUGGAACAGUUGCGCAGGCUGCAGGCUCUGGUCAUGAAUACAUCUAACAAGCCAGCCCAGACUGGCACAUGUGUACUGGUGCUUCUGCUGUCCUUCUCCCUCAUCCUGUUCCCCAGCCUGAAGCCCUUCUCCGACACCAAGGUUAGCCAAGGAGACUUCAGUCCAGUGAGAGUCCAGUCACGGUCCCUGCAGAACCUCCAGGCUUCCCGUGUGCUGCAUGUCAUUGACGACCCGUUCCCUGCUGAGGACGAGUCAGAGCCUCUACACCGGCAUUUCCCGGGAGACCAGAGGCUGGAAGACAUCACGGCACUGAUGGGGAAGCUGAAAGUGAACCAAGAGCAGACCAGUUUGGAUGCUGUGUCUCUGAACGGAAGCCAGGAGGAAGAAAUCAGCCAUUUCCACGUAGACCCAAUUACUGGGCACAUAGCCACUGUGACCUUGGAUCCCCGCCGCUCUGCCAAGCUGCGACCACAUGCUGACGACAUGUAAGAGAAAUGAAGAAAUUAUCCCCACGUGAAUUCCCAAUAUUGUCCUCCUAAUGGUAGAGAAGGGAAUUAUCUGGAGCUGCUGUUUGCACAGACAGGGGAAUUAGGUUUUAAUCAUUCCUGUUUUGUCUUUGAUAUGUAUUCAGUCUGUAUGUCUUUGCCUUUUUUGUGAUACUAUUUUAUAUCAGUAUAUGAAUUGAAUCUUACACUGAACUUGCCUGUUAAGAUAAACUGUGUAUCCUUUGCUGCCCUGGCUUUGAUAAAACACCAGUGUAAAUGAGUGUGUUCAAGACUGUCAAAAACUGGAUAAAUAGAGCUGUGAUGAUGUGUAUAGUUUUGAUCUCAACGGAGUAAUUUAAAAAACGUUAAAGGAUUUUGAAAGCAUGUUUUCACUGAAUAAUUGAUUGGAACUUUUUGGAUUCACUCAUGGAUAAAACCGCCUCAAAAUAAAAGACAUCAAAACGAGA